AUGCCCGCCCGCCGCGAGACUGCGCAUGCGCGCGCCGCCCUCCUCCCCCCGCGCCGUAGCUGCCGUCCCACGUGCCGCGGGCUGGCCAAUCAAGAGUGGGCGGAGGGUUGGAGGAGGAGGGCGGCGGUUGGGCGAAGCGCUCGCUCCGUGUGGCGGCGGCGGCGGAGGCCGGAGGGGGGGUGGCGGCCCCGCCGUGUCGCGCCGCGCGCUCACGAGGUGUCUCCGUGUCGCCCUCAGCCGAAGAGGAGAUCGGCGCGGCUCUCCGCCAAACCCGCCCCUGCCAAAGCGGAGCCCAAGCCCAAAAAGCCAGCGGCGAAGGAUAAAUCUGAGGACAAGAAAGCUCCAUCAAAAGGGAAAAAAGGACCUAAAGGAAAGCAGGCAGAAGAGACGAACCAAGAACAGACAAAGGACAACCUUCCUGCAGAAAAUGGAGAAACGAAAAAUGAGGAGACCCCAGCAUCUGAUGCAGCAGUAGAGAAAGAAGCUAAGUCUGAGUAACAUCUUGCACCAGCUCUUUAAUUGGUGGUCCUUAUACCUUUCUUGUACAAUUCAGAGGAUUAUUUUUAUCAACUAUUUUGUAAAUGCAAGUUUUUUAGUAGUUCUAGAAAGCACGUUUUUAAGAAGGAAAAAAAAAAGCCCAACUCGAUCCAUUUUUUUACAUUUUUAGAUAAGUAUAAAUGCUUUUGUAAAGUGGUAAAAUCUUGUACUGGUUGUUUUCUAUGAAACCAGAGAUUAAUGGAACGUUGAGGACUUGGAAGUCUUGGUUAAGCUUUACAUUUCAUAGGCAGCGAGGGACAGUUUUUCUAUCCUGUUAAACAAAACAUAACAGUUCAAACUUCGGGAAUUCAUGAUGUGCUGGAAAGUGUCUUUACAUUGUAGUUAUUUAUCUAUGAUUGUACCAUCAGUAGAAUUGCUUACCUAAUAAAACUGCUCCCUAGUGUUGGAUUUCUUGCUGAGUUCUGUAUUAUCUGUGACAAAGUUAUUUUUGGUAAAUGCAGUUUUAUGUUUUUUUCCAGCAAC